AUGACUGACUCUAGAAGAGUAAGAAGCGUUCAGAUACGGCAUAGAUUGACCAAACAUGAUUGUCCCGAAACGAUGCCUCCUUGGGAAGAAAAACCUGCCAUAAAACAAGUUACUAUGAGAGGAACCAUUGUAGGUUUAGCCAUUGGGUCCAUUGUCUUGAUAUCUAAUUUCCAAUUUGGGUUACAGACCGGGUGGGUGUCGAUGAUGUCGUUACCAUCUGCUUUACUUGCUGUCGCAUUCUUUAAACAAGUUUGGCCAUUAUUUUAUCCUCAGUGUUGUCCAUUCAGUGAUGUCGAGAUAGUUUAUGUGCAAAGUCUCGCAGUAGCUGUCGGUACAGGUCCAUUGUCAUUUGGGUUUAUUGGGGUGAUACCUGCAAUUGAGAAAUUUGUUACUUUUGAAGAAAGUGGGUACUCUAGAGUUCAAGGGACGUCGUUUAGUUUGGCACAAUUAUUAGUGUGGUCCUGUUCUUUAGCAUUUUUCGGCAUAUUCUUUGCUGUGCCAUUAAGGAAACAAGUUAUUGUAAAGGAGAAAUUGAGAUUUCCAAGUGGGAGUGCUACUGCCAUUCUUAUUGCUGUCCUUAGUGGGUCUGAAGUCUUACAAGAAGUAACAACAGAUGAAUUGAUGGACAUGAGAAACAGACGUUUGAAUGCCGAAUGCCCAGAAGUGUUACGGUUGGAUGAAGAAGAAGUUCAAGAGAAUGACCCUCUGACUCACCAGGGGAAUACCGAAUCCUACAAUUCUUAUGGAGGCAAUAAUACAAAUGAGCACGAACACAAUUCAGAAUCUACAUUGACCAGUGAUAGCAGUUCAUAUGGUAAGAAUAUGAUGAUUCUUACAAGGACAUUUAUAGUGUCGGCUGUAUACACUAUUGCUUCGUAUUUUCUCCCCAUCAUGCGUAGCAUUCCAGUGUUUGGGCGAUAUGCUUCAAAACAUUACUUAUGGAAUUUUCAACCAUCGCCAGCUUAUAUUGGUCAAGGGAUUAUUAUGGGUUUACCAACGGUUAGUUAUAUGCUAUUUGGAUCAUUUUUAGGUUGGAUAGUUUUAGCCAGUUUAGCAAAACAUAAAGGUUGGGUUCAAUCAGAUGCUGAUGUUGGAGAUUGGGAACAUGGCGUACAAGGUUGGAUUCUGUGGUGUUCUUUGUCCAUUAUGGUGGCAGACAGUGUUGUUGGUUUUCUAGUGGUCACUACGAAAUCAUUAGUAAGAUUCAUGCUUGUAGAUGAUAAAGCAGAAUUAUUAAACACAAUUUGGGAUGAUUCUUUAAAAUCACUAUUAUUAGAGGAAGAACGUGCAUUAAACAAACGUGCAUCCCAAUCCAGUUCUCGUACUCAAGAGACUAUACGACUUGUGAGUACUAUGGUGGAACAUGAGGUCGAUUCGAGACAUCUGGUCACUUAUACAACGGUUCUCAGUGGACUAGUUGUGUCCAGCAUGAUAUGUGUUAUAUUUAUUGUCUAUUUGUUUGGAAGUGAUAUAAUACCUGUAUAUUCUAUGGUUAUUGCUUUGAUAUUUGCAUUAUUAUUAUCGAUUUUGGGGAUCCGUGCCUUAGGGGAGACUGAUUUAAAUCCUGUCAGUGGGAUUGGUAAACUAUCUCAAUUGAUAUUUGCAUUAAUUAUACCCAAGAAUCACCCGGGAAAUAUCUUACUUAACAUUGUCGCUGGGGGCGUCACAGAAGCUGGGGCUCAACAAGCUGGUGAUCUAAUGCAAGACCUAAAGACUGGUCAUUUAUUAAAUGCAUCACCAAGGGCACAAUUUAUUGCUCAGCUAAUUGGUGUCGUUUGGUCUAUCGUGUUAUCAAGUGUUAUGUACAUAUGUUACAACAAAGUAUAUGACUUACCAAAUGAUCAAAUUAGAAUACCAACGGCUAUAGUUUGGAUCGAUUGCGCAAGGUUGGUCGCUGGUAAAGAUUUACCUGAACGUGCCUUGGAGUGCUCUGUGAUAUUUGGUAGUAUAUUUGCAUUGUUAUCAUUUGUCAAGAACGUGUUUGCAAGUACUGAACAUCCACCUAGAUGGCUAUAUUAUAUUCCUUCCGGAGUAGCCGUUGGGGUUGGUAUCUACAAUGUACCAAGUUUUACUAUUGCGAGAUUUUUGGGUGGUCUACUGUCUCAUUUGUGGCUAAAGCACCAAAGAGGCGAUCUCAGCAUGAAAACCAGCAUGAUCGUCUUCAGUUCAGGGCUUGUCCUAGGGGAAGGGGUUUGCUCCAUCGUGACUAUGACCCUGAGCUCAUUGAAUGUCCCUCACUGGUGA